AUGGAAGACCAAGUUUUCAACGCACUGCAGAAGAGCAACGACGAGGCCGCUGGCAAUGCGGCCUUGGUCAAAAACCUAUUUCUGAAGUUCAGCAUCCAGAGUCGGAUUUCGAUCGUUGUAAUAGCCACGUUUAAUGUCUUCGCGUCGAUUGUCGUUGUUGGGACUAUCUUGUACGACAGCUGGCGCCUUGCUGGCCUGAGAGUACCACGGAGGAGAUUGGAAUUUCUCACGACAAUACCUACCGCCCAUGUCUUCUCUAAUGCUCUCGCCAUUUCCACCAUUAUCCAAGGCACCGCUUUCAUUUCGGUACAGGCUAUGGGGCUUCAAGGUGUACGCGCCGCACACUGCCCAGUAUAUUCUCAAAUUACUUGGACCGCUACUUGGGUUGUUGCGUAUACGAUACUGGUAUUCAGCUUCGAAGCCGCAUUCCGGAGCAUUAGCCCAACUUACUCAACAUCUCCUUGUCGAAGUUCUGCUUCAGUCCAUUGGCUUAUCGUAAUUGUUCUCCUGCUUCUUACAUGGCUACCGUCCCAUUUCAGACCUGUUGUAAGAAGAGUCUGUAAUGCCGAUUUAACACAAUGGAUGGCCCCCUGGGCGGACAUCGGCACAGCCAUUACAUCUGCAACUAUUCUUUUCUUUCUUCUUAACGCCGCGACCUUGUCGAUACGACUUCGGCGACCUGGAAAAAUGAGCCUUGAGCAACAGAUCGCGACACGGAACCAAAUUUACUAUCUCGUUGUCAACGCUGUAAUAUUUGUAUUUACUUUACCGUUUUGGAUAGAAUUGACAACAUUUCGUUCUACGAAUGUACCGGCGAUGAUGAUGUCAAUUGUCAUAAACCUUUUCGGCAUUGUCAAUGGUGUGUUGUUCCUUCUGCUCCGUGCGAGUGGUCAGAACAUCAUUACUCGGUCCGCAAAUCCGAUAUGGUUCAUGAAGGCUCCAAGAAGAUAUACUGAUUCCACGGAAUUCGCUGUUGCCCAACAAAUGAUUAUGCCUGUGGGUCUCGAGCGAAAUAAUAGUGCGGUGAAGCAAGAAAAUUUUAUGGCCAAAAGGUUUACACAACGGCUUAUGCCAGAGUCACCAUUUGGAAAGGAAAAGACAUUUUCAGGAGCAAUGUUUCCCGAUGGUCGUAGCUCCAUGGAGCGUCUUACUGAACAUGUCCAGAAUAGACAAAGUUAUUCCACUUCUAACGAUUCGUCUCCGGGGACGUCAUCCAUUUUAUCUAUGACAGAUAUUGAUGAUCAAAUUCUUCUUCCUCCUCAGCCAUAUUUUAGCCAUCGACGGCGUUCUUCCGACAUAAGUGCGGCUACAGUGCAAAUUGGGCUAUGCCUGAGUGGCAUCCCGGUGCCACUUCCAGCACAACAGACACGAAGUUCUUCGAGGUUAGCAAACCUCCCAAUCCAUAUUCCGAGUCGCCUUCUUCCUUCCCGAUUCUCCAGUGUCAGCAACCCGUCGUCUCCAAGGCGGAGAAAGUCUCUGGACUCUCAUGCCACCAUGCACCCUUUGCAAGUCAAUCCCCCUUCGCCCAGCAAUCGCCUCCCUGGAUCUCCACAAUCUAUAAAGCAAAACGGCCUUCCCCCUAAUCCAAAAUUACCACAAACCACCCAAAGAGAACUAGAGGCAAAUAUAGGAUGGCCUCUAUCACAGGACACACCUCUUCUACCAAACAAAGCUUAUUCCCAAACUCGGUGGAUAUAA